UUCAUGUGCUUUGGUUUUCUUGUCCUAUAUUUUAAACCUAGUUAUCUUCGUCAAUGGAAGAUCAAGCACCAGACCCUAAUAGUCCGAGCCAUGGUUCAGAGAGAAAGGAACCAGUCCGGUCGAGGUGGACACCGAAGCCGGAACAAAUCCUCAUACUCGAGUCCAUCUUCAACAGUGGCAUGGUGAACCCUCCAAAGGACGAAACCGUGAGAAUAAGAAAGCUGCUCGAGAAAUACGGUGCUGUUGGUGAUGCUAAUGUCUUCUACUGGUUCCAAAACCGACGUUCGAGGUCUCGUCGCCGCCAACGACAUAUGCAAGCCACCGGAGCUAACAUAGCCGGAGAACAAAGAAGUAACCAAUCACAACUAUUCGAUGUCGGUGUCGGUGGCGGUGCAAUUCAGUAUGAACAUAGUGAUGUCUCCAACUUUGCUUCUUUCCCACCUUCUUUCCUCGUUGGUUCAACUUCUUCCUAUGGUGUUGUGAGUGAUGAUGGCAUGGAAAAUCUUCUCUCAAGGUCACCUCCAACAGGGUUUCAAGAGCAAAGCUCUAGUAAUAUUACAUCAGUUUUGUGCCCGUCGGAGACUUCGAAUUUGCAGUAUCAAUCUGUUUCAGGGCUCAUCACAGUGUUCAUCAAUGGAGUUUCAACUGAAGUUCCGAAGGGUCCACUGAACGUCAAGGCCAUGUUUGGACAAGAUGUAGUGUUGGUCCACUCCUCUGGUGUGCCUCUCUCCACGAACGAGUUUGGGUUUUUGCUUGACAGCUUGGUUCCUGGUGAAACCUAUUUCCUUGUUUCAAGAACAAAUUGAAGAGGAAUUGAAGCAGCAAAAUAGUGGGGGAUGAUGCAUGCUAUAGUAUUUUAUGGUGAUAGUAUGGCUUGUUAUGCAUUCAAAUUCGGAGCUAAGUCCUUGGCGUUGGUGGAUUUUCAUCGCUGAAUAGAGAGUUUGAUUAUUUGCAAUUGAA